UGCUAUAAAAAGCAGUUUAGAAUGCCAGGGGAAACCAGCUGUUCAGAGGUCUCCGAAUCACAUCACCAGAAAAAGCAACACCUUCGGCAAGCUGGUCUGUUGAGGAAUCGCUGCAAGGGGCUUUUGAAUGAUGCUGUCCGGAUGUCUGAUGGUUUUGUCAUAUUUGUCGAUCAUCACGGCGACGUCUAGAGGAGUCCCGCAGCGGCUGAAUGUAGGCGAUCCACAUCUGUCGCAAUACUAUGGUGCUACUUGCCGUCAAGGUUCGAGUCCAGAUCCUCUGCUUAAGUGCUGCGAAGGAAUUGUCCUCUCUACACUGAUUGGCGUCGAUGAACAGUGCUGCAGUGGACAGUCCUUGUCAGAGAACGAAAUUUGCUGUGAAACCACCACGCCAGUAGAACGACCCGAACCUUCUCAUAAUGCUUGCUGCUACAACCAGAGCGACCACAGUUUCACUACAUACAAUACUGCUCUGUUUUACUGCUCACGGGCCACUGGACAGCUCAUCCGGUUACGUCCUUUCCGGAGACCACCAUCCCGGCGCCCUUCCUCUGGAUCCUCCGCCAGUCCAGCGAGGGAGAUGAGUUGCGAUGGCACCCCCUUCAAUCCUUCCACGCAGAUGUGCUGUGCAGGGGAGCUCCAUAACAUCCCCGCGUCACAAGGGAUGUGCUGCUACACCCAAGCUUACCGCGAAGGCGACCUUCACAAUCCUUGCCUGGCGCCUUGCGGCGACACUCAGGUCAACGUGGAGCACGAGAUCUGUUGCCAGGGCGUCAAACACCCGGCGUCCGCCCAGGAGGCCUGCUGCGGGCGGGAGAAGUAUAACACCAACACCCAUACUUGCUGCGCAGACGGUCUCGCUGUCUUUCCGACGUACGGGUCCUAUGGAUGCUGCCACGACCGCACUCCCUUCCUGAAACCCUACAUGCGGUGCAGCGAUUCUGGAACACUAGAGAGCAGGAACAAAUUCCACAACCAUCGCCUAUGCCGACGACGGUUGCCCGUAUGGGGCCAUGGCUGGGCCAACCCAAUCCUUUCUGAUGAUGACAUACAGCUGCAGGGCAACGUUCGGAAUCUGACGAUAUUGGAGAGCAGCCGAGAAGACAGGCUUGAGGUGUACCUGACUCUGGAACCAGUCGCCGUGGUCGAGUCCAGCGCCUGGGACCAGGUGGCAUGCUCCCUGACCGGUAAACUUCUCCGCGUGGUGGCGGAAGUGGAGCACAGCCAGCAUCACCCCUGUAACUCAGAGAGGCUUCUCGGCCGCUACCUGGCGGACAAGACUCUGAUUCUGGUCGCCAAGGCAAACUACGUAGACUGCGGCGACAGUGGCGGCCCCGUGAUGUACUUCCCCAGCAACAGCAGCCAACAUCUCAUGUUGCUGGGUGCCUCCAGGGAGGGCCGCCAUAUUUAAAGUCUAAUGACAUGGUUAACCGUCAGCAGUACUGGAAAGGCGCCAUAUUGUUUGCUGGUGAAUGUGUUCAACUGAGUUCCAGCACAUGUUCGCUGUUUCGAGGCCUGCUUGGGGUUGUGACUGUAAAACUCUUGCCUGCUCACCCAGCAGGUUUAUCAGGGGAGGUAAAGACGGCGGAAGGAAAAGGUUGAGCUCCACUUUUCUACAUGCCAUGCCCUAAGCACAGCGAACCACUUACGUUCUGCGGCCAAAAAUGCUAUAGGACUAUAAGACUUUUCUUUAAAUUGUAUUAUAUUUAUGUGGUCACUUAAUGCUGACUGAAAAUAGUAUUGAGGACUGACCGUAAACUGUCAAUAGUUAUUCCAUGCUUGCGAGCACUUCUCACACUCAGUGAAUACUCGCGUUUGCCUCCACGGGGAGAAAUAUAGGUUUAAAUGAAGUGGUCCAGUGGGCCAUCCUGCGCAUUACGUCAAUCACUGACCCAGGUGGCCGUGUUAACGUCACUUGUGGUUGCAUUCUACCUCAGCCCCCAAAACUUCGAUGCUCGUAACCACCACUCUGUGUUCUUUAUUAGGAGGGUAAGGGUUAGUGGCUAGUGCUGGACUAUCUGAGGACCACACUAAGUGUUACAAAAAGCAGAUCCAAGGAUUGAGAAGGUUUUACAUGGAA